AAAUCUAAGUGUGAUAUGCGACUUCCAUUAUAUGUUGCUGUUACUGCACCCCUGUGAUCCUUUGCGAGCCGCGGUGUCAUGUUUCUGCGAACCCAAGAAAAGCUUGUUUGUCCUCUGGCUUCACAGAAAAUAGAUUUGAAGGGAAGUGAUCACGGGGCUCAGAACACUUGUUGUCAGCUUCUUCCCCUCCUGCAUCAUCUCCUCUCUCCCCCAAGUACUCCAUCCUUGCGCUCGGUUUCUCGCUCUUCUUGCUUUCUUCUUGUUGCAGAGUCAUGGGGAAAGGCAAAGACACCAGGGACUCAACAGCAGCCAUUUCCACGGUGCCAUUGACCAAAACCCCAUCCAAACAAUACGGAGAGGAUGAAGGCGAGGAAGAUCGGUUUCACAAUGCUCUACUGGAACUGAAGGACCUCCGCUCUCAGCUCUACCAUGCUGCAGAUUACUGCGAGACUGCAUUUUCAAAGGCCGAGCAGAAGAAAAUGAUCUUGGAGGGAACAAAGAGCUAUAUAUGUGAAGCAAUUGUAGCAGUCGUGGACCAUUUGGGAAAUGUUUCCUCCAAGCUCGAGCAGAGUCUCCUUGCCAAUACUGCGGUUGUGCUGACAGAGCAAAGGAUUGAUUGCUUGAAGCAGAGGCUUCUCACUUGUCAGCAAUAUGCUAUAAGUCUCGAGCUGUCUAGCAUGCAACUGAGCCUGAAGUUCCCUCGACAUCAUGAGCAUUAUGUUUCAGCAGAAACAGUGACUCAGCAUAUUGAAAAGUCGAGUGAUCUCUCCAGGCCUGGUGGAUCCGAGACUCCUACCAAGAAAGAUCAUAUGGCUGCGAUGGCUCAUUCGCUUGAGUCCGGUGCUACUGACCACUUCUUUCCAGCAAGCAACCAAACCAUUUUGGGAGUAGAGCUUGCUAAGGCAGCCCCAGUUGUCAAAGGCCCAUCUGUACUCUCGAGAACAAGAAAUCCUUCACUUAAAUUCAAGCCUGAGGAUUUAUAUAUGCUGGGAGGUGUCUAUCAAAAGAAGAAGCCCAUGCAAGUGAACAACAUCUUGUCAUUUUUGAGAGUUAGUAAAAGAAAGACAUAAAAAGUGCAUUGUGGGGAUUUACUGGAUCUUUUAUCCAAACCUCAAAUCACAGACUGCCUAGUUUUGCACUUAGUUAGAACCAUCUGUUUCCUAUGUUUUUAUGAAUGUGACACACCAUGUGAAUGUUUAGCAUGUUAAAUGCAUCCAGGUUGUGAUUCUGUCAA